AGCCCUGAUGGGUAUCGUCUGGCUGCUGGCACCAUCAAUGGGACAGUGAUGCUCUGCGAUUUAGAGACUGGGCACGUUCAGCCUCUGGAUGGUCACGCUAUGCCUGUUCGCUCACUGUCCUUCUCUGCUGAUGGACGGCUUCUGGCCUCCGCUUCCGAUGACAAGCAAAUCCGCAUUUAUGACGUCCACGACGGCCGACUAGUUGUCCCUCGGUUAACAGGACACGCCGGCUGGGUCGUUUCCGUUGAGUUUCCUCCCUCUGGACAGACAUUGGUUUCUGCAUCCACUGACAAAACCGUCCGAGUUUGGAAUAUUUCCAACAGCACAGAGGUGCAUGCCUUCCGAGAACAUGAAGACCAGGUCUGUCUAGGACUCUACUAA